CUGGCCCUUCUUUCCCCAGUCGGGUCCCACCCUGGACAUGCCUGUUCCCUCCAGCUUCAAUGAUGUGAGCCAGGAUGGGCAGCUGCGUGGCUUUGUCGGCUGGGUGUGGUAUGAACGAGAGGCAACACUGCCCCAGCGAUGGACCCAGGACCUGAGCACAAGAGUGGUGCUGAGGAUUGGCAGCGCCCACUACUAUGCCAUUGUGUGGGUGAAUGGGGUCCAUGUGGCAGAGCAUGAGGGGGGCCAUCUUCCGUUCGAGGCUGACAUCAGCAAGCUGGUCCAGAGUGGGCCCCUGUCCUCCUGCCGCAUCACCAUCGCCAUCAACAACACACUCACCCCCCACACCCUGCCGCCAGGGACCAUCCUCUACCGGACGGAUACCUCCAUGUACCCCAACCAUUACUUUGUCCAGAACACAAACUUUGACUUCUUCAACUACGCGGGACUGCACCGGCCGGUGGUCCUCUAUACCACGCCCACCACCUACAUUGAUGACAUCGACGUCACCACCAGCGUGGACCAAAACACUGGGCUGGUGCAUUACCAGAUUUCCAUCCAGGGCAGUGAACACUUCCAGCUGGAAGUGUACCUUCAGGAUGAGGAAGGCAAUAUUGUGGCCCGGGGGACUGGAGGCCGCGGCCAGCUGCAGGUGCCCAAUGCCCACCUCUGGUGGCCAUACCUGAUGCAUGAGCACCCUGCCUACCUGUACUCAUUGGAGGUGAGGCUGACUGUUCAGACGGCAGCCGGGUCCAUGUCUGACUUCUACACUCUCCCGGUGGGGAUUCGCACCGUGGCUGUCACAAAGAACCAGUUCCUCAUUAACGGGAAACCUUUCUAUUUCCAUGGGGUCAACAAGCAUGAGGAUUCAGACAUCCGAGGGAGGGGCUUCGACUGGCCACUGCUGAUGAAGGACUUCAACUUGCUUCUCUGGCUUGGUGCCAACGCCUUCCGUACCAGCCACUACCCCUAUGCGGAGGAGGUGAUGCAGCUCUGUGACCAGUAUGGGAUCGUGGUCAUUGAUGAGAGCCCUGGCGUGGGCAUCAAGCUAAGCCAGAGCUACAGCAACCAGUCUCUGCAGCACCACCUUGAGGUGAUGGAGGAGCUGGUGCGCAGGGACAAGAAUCACCCAGCCGUCGUGAUGUGGUCUGUGGCCAAUGAGCCCACUUCCUUCCUGGAACCUGCAGGUUACUACUUCAAGACGCUGAUUGCUCACACCAAAGCCUUGGACCCCUCCCGGCCCGUGACCUUUGUGACCAACUCCAAAUAUGAUACAGACCUCGGGGCACCGUACGUGGAUGUCAUCUGUGUGAACAGCUACUUGUCCUGGUAUCAUGACUGCGGGCACCUGGAGGUGAUUCAGCUGCAGCUGGCCACCCAGUUUGAGAACUGGUACAGGACCUAUCAGAAGCCGAUUAUUCAGAGCGAGUAUGGGGCAGAUGCCAUCACAGGGCUUCACCAGGAUCCACCUCUGAUGUUCAGUGAAGAGUACCAGAAAAGUCUGCUCGAGCAGUAUCAUUUGGUUCUGGAUCAAAAACGCAAAGAAUAUGUGGUUGGAGAGCUCAUCUGGAAUUUUGCUGAUUUUAUGACUGACCAAACACGGGAGAGAGUAAUAGGAAAUAAAAAGGGGAUCUUCACUCGCCAGAGACAACCAAAAGGUGCAGCAUUCCUCUUGCGAGAGAGAUACUGGAAACUUGCCAACGAGACUGGGUACCACCCGGCAGCUGAGAAGCCACCGUAUCUGGUAAAGAGCCCGUUUACCUGGUAAAGCAAGAACUGUCUCUUGGCUGACGCCAGCUGUCAGCCCCUCCUUCCCAGGUGAGGGCAGUGGCUACCGCCGACAGACAGAGUGCCUCCUGGCCUAUGUGUGGCAGACAGGGGAGUUUCUGGUCUGGAUUUUAUAGUCAUUUGCUAGAAGGGAACAUUAGAGGUGAAAAUAAAGGAUUUUGUAAUACUGGAAUUUAGAGUUGGCUCAGAAGUGACUAUUCCAUAAAUUGAAUGAUGAUCUGUA